UGUGACCUGUGACCCAAGAAGGCAGCGUGAAUGUGAAAACGUGUGUCCAGGACAAACGGUUCAGAAGUUACACAUGAAAACAUGUCUGUGAACUUGAGCCAGCUAGCUGUAGCUAGUAGACAGCUAUUACAAGCCGCCAGACGGUCAGCAGAAUGUUUGAGCCUCCAACAAAGACGGACCACGUACAUCUUGAAGAGGUCACACCCACUCCGACUCUUAAAGGAGGGGCACGAGCACAGGCUGAAGAAGAUGAACAAAGUCUAUGAGUUGGUAGAAGAGACGUCUUCCCAGGAUGCUAAACAUAAACUGGAGCUCAUACUCACAGAGGACGUGCCAAAAAUAGGGAAAAAAGGAGAUGUUGUUCUAGUGAGGAAACAGAUCGGGAGAAACAAGCUCCUGGCCACGGGGCUGGCUGUGUACGCUUCACCUGAGAACAGGCAGAUGUUUGAAGACAGAAAGAUUGAAGAUCCCUCGCUGCGUAAGCUCUCUCUCACAGCAGAAAAGACCCUAGAGUACCUGUCCCAGCAGACCCUGACCAUACCUGUCCGUGAUGACUGGCCUGACGGAUGGGUCAUGACUAAGGAGCAUCUCUCACACUGGAUGUACAGAAAGCUGAUGAUAGUGGCCCCUCCACACACCAUCACAUUACCUGAGGAGCCUGUGGACAGGCUAGGAUCUUACACUUUUACUGUUACAAUUAAUGAGAUGGAAUCAGUAGAGGUUCCAUUGGAGAUGGUUCAACAAACACCAGCUGGAGAAGUCUCACAGAGCUGAAGAACCAGACUUGCUACAGUUCCAUACCAACUAUGAUGACACAGCUGGUGUUUUGUCCAGUAUCCAUCCAUCUGUCAUCUGAUGGAAUUUUCCCACUCAUGACAGACAACUUUUGCCCAAUCUGUCAUCAACUUUUGCACAAUCUGUCAUCAAAAAUCAGUUUGGAAGA